AUGGGUUUAAUGAGCUUUCUUAUCUUAGCCUACUUGGUGACAAUAAUUGGAAAUGGACUCAUUCUUUUUGUAUACGUAGCUGAGCCCCGGCUUCAUAAUCCAAUGUAUUUUUUUCUUUGCAAUUUGUCCGUACUUGAUGUCUGUUACACCACAACUUCAGUCCCUCAAGCUAUUGCCAACUGCUUGGUGGACAGACCGGCCAUGUCCUUUAACAUGUGCUACCUUCAAAUGUACACUGGCUUAUACCUUGGAUCAACAGAAUGCUUCCUGCUUGCUGUCAUGGCUUAUGACCGAUAUAUUGCCAUCUCCAAUCCCUUACGUUAUAUGGUCAUCAUGAACUGGAAAGUUUGCAUUGCUUUGGCAGCUAUCUCCUGGGUAGGUGCCUUCAUGCUCUCUAUAGUUCCUUGUCUUGCUAACCCAGCACGUUUUUGUGGACACAAUGAAGUGGAUCAGAUAGCAUGUGAGCUCACAGCCCUUAUGAAAUUAAUUUGCUCAGAUAACACUGUGGGCCAGCUUGUUAUGUAUUUUACAAGCAGCUUCACUCUCCUCUUCCCCUUCUCUUGCAUCCUCUUUUCCUAUUUACGUAUUAUUGUGGCCAUCCUAAGGAUUCAUUCAGGUGGGAGGUGGAAAGCUUUCUCCACCUGUGGUUCCCACUUGACUGUGGUGUGCAUCUACUAUGGAACAUGCAUAUUCACCUAUCUAAAACCUCAGUCUAAGGUGAUGGAAGAAAAAGACAAAGUUAUAACUGUGAUUUAUGGAACAGUUGUUCCUCUGUUAAACCCACUAAUCUACACACUGUGA